AUGGAAAACCUUGUUUCUUCUCAAUCACAACAAAAUAAAGAGUUUAUGAACCAAAAUGCACACACCUUUGAAUUAAUGAAAAAAUUAGCAACCAAAGUAGAUGCCUUGGCUACGCACAACAAAAUGCUAGAAACCCAAAUUUCUCAAGUAGCCCAACAACAAGCAACAACUGUUGCCCCAGCUGGAGUGUUUCCUGGUCAACCACAACCUAACCCGAAAGGUCAUGCUAAUGCCAUUACAUUACAAAGUGGGACUGAAUUAGACGGACCAGUAGAUCCAAGAAUCCUAACUAAAUCGAUGUCUCAACAAAAGGAAAAUGAAACCGAAAAGGCAUACGUAACUCCACCACCAUAUAAGCCACUUAUUCCAUUUCCUCAAAGAUUAGAUAAGUCUAAAACCAAAGGACAAUUUAAGAAAUUUGUAGAACUUUUGAAGCAAUUAAACAUAACAAUACCUUUCACAGAAGCCAUAACACAAAUGCCAUCAUAUGCCAAAUUUCUUAAAGAGAUACUGUCUAACAAAAAGAAACCUGAAGAUAAUGAAACAGUGAUGCUUACUGCGGAAUGUAGCGCUAUUAUCCAAAAUAAUAUGCCACCUAAGCUGAAAGACCCUGGUAGUUUCUCCAUACCCUGUGUGAUAGGAAAGUUCGUAAUUGACAAAGCACACUGCGAUUUAGGAGCUAGUGUUAGUUUGAUGUCCCUUUCAGUCUGUGAAAAACUUCAAUUAGGAGAAUUAGGACCAACUAGGAUGUGCCUACAAUUAGCUGAUCGCUCUAUGAAGUACCUUGUAGGUAUGCUAGAAAACAUUCCUGUAAGGAUAGGUCAAUUCUAUAUUCCCACAUAUUUCAUCAUAAUGGACAUUCAAGAAGACUCUAACAUUCAAAUCAUACCAGGAAGACCUUUCUUAGCCACUACUGGUGCUAUCAUCGAUGUGAAACGAGGGCAACUGAGUUUUGAAGUCGAAGAAGAGAAAAUUGAAUUCAUCCUUUCUCAAUUCCUUAAAGCCCCUGCAAUAGUAGACACAUGUUGUUUUAUUGACAUCAUCGAUGAAUGUGUGAAGGAAAUAAAGUCAGAACCACCAAAGGAUACUGAAAUCCUAAGAAUUCCAACACCGCCUAUUUUUGAAGACGAUCAUUGA